CAGCUGGGUUGGAUGACUCUAGAAAUGUCUCGGUCCACCUUAAAAAAGAGGCCAAUAUCAUUUCCUGGUUGUUGGCCUCCGUGUGCAUUAGCAAUAUGGCGGGAUACAAACGCUGUUGGAAGUUGAAAUAUGAUAGAAGCAUACUGAUGAUUUAUCAGUUGUUAUUUGCCUUACUUAUAAUUUCACCAAUCGCCUCGUCAGAAAAUAGCGUGUUGACCGUCGCAGACGCAAACUGGACUGUCAUUUUAGAAGGAGAGUGGAUGUUGAAAUUCUAUGCCCCAUGGUGUCCAGCUUGUCAGCAUCUUCAAAAUGACUGGGAUGGGUUUUCAAAACAUAGCGAGGCCCUGGAUAUCUCUGUUGGGAAGGUGGACGUAACACGACAGCCAGGUCUGAGUGGGCGGUUCCUUGUGACAACACUGCCAACUAUAUUCCAUGCUAAAGACGGAAACUUCCGGAGGUAUAUGUCCUCCCGGUCGGUUGAGGACUUCCAAGCGUAUAUCUCUCAGAAGAAGUGGGAGGCAGUGGAGCCCUUGCCAGGAUGGAAAUCACCAUCCUCUUUCCUUAUGUCUGGCAUGGCAGCUCUCUUCCGCCUCUCCGUCUGGAUCAGGCAAAUUCACAACUACCUGACUGAUAGCCUUGGCAUUCCUGUGUGGGGUUCCUACAUCAUAUUUGCACUUGUAACCUUGUUCACCGGGCUGCUUCUGGGCCUGAUGCUGGUUUUGAUCGCAGACUUCUUUUGGCCAUCCAGACCAAAGCAAUAUGAGCUGCAGUCUGGCACAAAAGCUGGAUUGAGGGAUGAAGGCUCUGAAGAAGAGAUGGAGGAGAGGAGAGCGUGGGAUGCCGACAACGAGCAUGUCUCUGGCGAGGACUCCACCGAGGACGACGCCACCCCUGUCGCAGAAAUGGCAGACAUCGCCGCAGCAACCUCCGCACACAGCGACGCCCCUACAGACCUGAGGAAGAGAAAGCCCAAAGAGUCCCAGAACUCCCCAGAGGGCACCUAACGCCCACCAGCACACCCUGAACCACACUCUGCUCACCUUCUUUUUAUAUCCGACCCACAGUGUUUCCUGUUUUUAAAACGUCCAGCCUCCAUUUCACACCAGCCACGUGAGGUCAUUACCUACAUCAUGCACCAUGUUCUUCCAGGUGGGCUUUUUGCAUGAACAGAGCAGUGUAGUCCUCUCCCUGGAGGUCAAUGCCAAAUCUUUUUCUGACAGGCCUCUUGGAGUGUUUUGAAUGUGUUAAAAGAGUUGCUAUUAUUUUCCGUCACAUGCCAAAACAAUGAUAUGCAGUAUAACAACAAAGAUUAAAAACUACAUCCAAAUAACUCCAAUUCACCACCAUAUAACCAUGUUCACCAUCUUUUUAGGAUGAAAAAGUACUUUUUCACUCCCUGUUAACAAAUUUGCAUAUCUAAACCAAAAGGAUUUGGAAGGAAACACAUAAAGUGUUCAAUACUGACGCAGCAAAUAGUUUAUUGAUGUCCGAUGACUUUGAGAAAACAAUAAAUAGAUAUGCACAGGUGAUUUAUAGCAGUCCCUCCAGAGUCGGACCCUCCCUCAGGAGAGUGGGGGUCCGACUCUGGUAUGUUCUUAAUGAUCACUUAAGAGAUGGUUGGGGAGCAUUUAACAGGACUUACGUGAGCCUGAACAGCUCCACUUCUGUAAGUCGACAUGUUUGCAGUCGACAAGUAUGCAGUCACGAUUAGUGCACAGUGCACACAGUGCCCGAAGGCAUGGAUGGUUCUGUUUUUUAGAGAAAAUGAGCCUAAAACAUGCUCUUACAUGCAAGGAUUACAAGUGUGUCCUUGCUACGUGUUCACUGCCUUGAAACAGUUAAAUAAGUAGAUAUCAGGCAAUGGAAAUGGACUUUUUUCCCUGAAAGACGCCAUUGAAAUUACCAAUAGUUUUAUUUAUAUAUCUGAUUUUAAUGAUUAAGAUUAUAUGCACAUUCUUAGAUUUGAAGAUUUGGGUGCUUUUUGUGAUGUAUGAACAUUUUGAAGUAAUUUUUGAACUUUCUGUUUUAUAAGGCAAAUAGACUGUUGAAAAGAAUACAUUGUAUUGAACACAGGUGUGAGAAUACGCAGUGUUUACAAAGUUGUCAAUUUUGUAUGAAGUGAUUACCUAAUUGUUGGAAAACAAUAUUUCACUUGAAUUUAUUCUGCCGACUGCAAAUAACAUUAGUCCAAUGAACACAUCAACUCCAAUCCCAGUUUUUGGGAGCUUACCUGUUUGCUUCUUAGACUAUUUGCAUGCAGACACUUUUAUGGGGCCAAAAAUACAUACAGCCUAUACUGUAUAUUCGACAAGCAAACCUAAACAUCAGACCCAUCAUUGCUCUUUUUAAGUUCUGUUAUGAUAAAUGUUUUACUAGAGUAAUCUACCGACUUGUUUUUCUUGUUUUUCAUCAAGAAGUCUGAUUGUGCCAUUGUUGAUUUUGUAACUGCUCUAUUUCCAGACUGAAAUAUUUGUCUUUGUGUUAAGUGUGUAAACUGUGUGUCUUUUGAAGUUUAGGUUUCAGAUAAAAAAAAAACUGCUUUGACUUUUCUAAACAAUCCAAUUAUUUUACUUUGUAUGUUAUGUUACGCUGUUAUUACCUGGUUUGUAAAUGAAAAUUGAAAAUUCUGAUUUCUGACAUCAAUAUGUGUAAGUAGUAUAUUGUAAAUGUUAAGAGAUGUGAAUGAAAGACGCCUGAAAGUCA